GAACCUGACGAAAUUGUCGGCAGCGGCUUACAACUUUCGGACAAUUCACACCUGGGGUCUUCCGGGGCUACCGUCUUGUAACAAUGGCUGCGUCGCGGCAGAUUGGCCGUCUCGGCCGAACCCUGGGCGCCUCCGUCCUCGCAUCUCGCGCUGCUACACCCGCGAGACGGCCAUGGACAUGCGCAUCCUGCAGCCGUAACACAUCCAUCCGGUGGACGAGCUCAGCAACCGAUACGACCGUGGCACGGCCGUUUGUCAGGUUGCCAGAGCUCUUCCCGACGCACGAGAACUUCGCCAAUCGUCACAUUGGUCCAGACGAUGCAAGCGCCCAGGAGAUGCUCAAAGCUCUCUCUCCCCCAGUCGAGUCCUUGGACCAGUUCAUCCAGCAGGUGAUCCCCGCCGAUAUCCUCUCGUCCCGCGAGCUCUUUCCCCGCCGCCGGGCCGUAUUCGAUUCGGCCGCGAGCCAAGCAGUCAAAGAAGGACACCAGGAAUGGGAGAUCCUGGCACUGGGCCGGGCCGCGGCCGAGAGCAACGAGUCCAGCAGGAAGAAUUUCAUCGGCGCAGGCUACUACGGCACCAUCACCCCCGAGGUCAUCAAGCGCAAUGUGCUCGAGAACCCGGCGUGGUACACCAGCUAUACUCCCUACCAGCCCGAGAUCAGCCAGGGCCGCCUCGAGUCGCUCCUCAACUUCCAGACCAUGGUCUCGGACCUGACUGGCCUGCCCAUUUCGAACGCCAGCCUCCUGGAUGAGGGCACUGCCGCCGCUGAAGCCAUGACCGUCUCGAUGAAUGUCCUCCCCGCAUCCAAGGCCAAGCGUCCGGGCAAGACCUACGUUGUUGACAAGCACGUCCACCCCCAGACUCUAAACGUUCUGCGGAGCCGUGCGGAAGGGUUCGGUAUCAACGUACGGGUCAUGGACCUGUCGGUAUCCGAUUUCUCCGAGUUGGAAAGUGUGGGAGAUGAUUUGAUCGGUGCUUUGGUCCAGUAUCCAAACACAUACGGCCAGGUUCGCGACUUCAAGGCGCUUGCUGAUGCCGUGCACAAGCAGGGUGCCCUGCUCAGCGCCGCUACCGACCUGCUGGCCCUCACCGUCCUUACGCCGCCCGGAGAGUGGGGGGCCGACAUUGCUUUCGGUAACUCCCAGCGCUUUGGUGUUCCUCUCGGAUUCGGUGGCCCCCACGCCGCCUUCUUCGCCGUCACGGACAAGCACAAGAGGAAGAUGCCCGGCCGCCUUAUCGGCGUCUCGAAGGACAGGCUCGGGAAUCGGGCGCUCAGACUUUCUCUCCAGACCCGCGAGCAACACAUUCGGAGGGAAAAGGCCACCAGUAACGUCUGCACUGCGCAGGCCCUGCUUGCCAACAUCAGCGCUCUCUAUGCCGUGUACCACGGUCCUGGAGGCCUGAAGAAGAUCGCGGAGAGGUGCAGUCUGGGCGCAAGAGUCGUUCAGUCUGCUGCCCGCCACUUUGGCCUGGACGCUGGCUCCGAGCCAGUGCCAUUUGAUACGGCUGUGAUCUCCUGCCCCGGCAAGGCACAACUGAUUAAGGAUCUCGCCAAGGAUGAGGGCAUCAACAUCCGACAGGAAGGUGCCGAUAGGAUUAUCAUCAGCAUUGACGAAACAGUCGAGGAGCGGGAUCUUCUCGCGCUGAUCAAGGUGUUUGCCCGGGCCGGCGGCAACGAGUCGGCAGAUGCUCUCUCAGAAUACGCUCCUCUGCUGAAGCAGUUCUUGGAGGAGUCCCAGUCGGCCACCGGUCUUGAGCAUAUCCCCGCGCCUCUGCGCAGGCAGUCUCCCUACCUCACCCACCCCAUCUUCAAUACCCAUCACUCGGAAACCGAACUUCUUCGAUACAUCCACCACCUUCAGUCCAAGGAUCUGUCUCUCGUGCACUCAAUGAUCCCCCUCGGGUCUUGCACCAUGAAGCUCAACGCCAGCGCGGAGAUGGCUCUCAUUACGCUCCCCGGCUUUUCCAACCUCCACCCGGCGGCGCCUCCUGAAGAGAUGAAGGGCUACCAGGGCAUCAUCAGUGCCCUCGAAGACCAGCUGAAAGAAAUCACUGCCAUGGACGGCGUGUCUCUGCAGCCAAACUCGGGAGCACAGGGCGAAUUUGCCGGCCUGCGGACCAUCCGCAAGUACCACGAGAGUCGGGGUGAAACGAAGCGGGACCUUUGCCUCAUUCCUGUCUCGGCGCACGGCACGAACCCGGCAUCGGCCGCCAUGGCGGGCAUGCGCGUUUUGCCCGUCAAGUGCGACCCCAAGACGGGCAAUCUGGACCUGGCGGACCUCGAGGCCAAGUGCGCGAAGCACUCGAGCGAGAUCGGCGCCAUGAUGAUUACGUAUCCCAGCACUUUUGGUGUGUUUGAGCCCCAGAUCAAGAAGGUCUGCGAGAUUGUGCACGCACACGGCGGACAGGUGUACAUGGAUGGCGCCAACAUGAACGCCCAGAUCGGGCUGUGCUCGCCGGGCGAGAUUGGCGCCGAUGUGUGCCACUUGAAUCUGCACAAGACCUUCUGCAUCCCCCACGGCGGUGGCGGCCCGGGUGUCGGGCCCAUCUGCGUCAAGAAGCAUCUGAUCGAACAUCUGCCGACGAAGCAGGUCACAAAUGUUGAGGAAUCGAACCACCCCGUCAGCAGCGCGCCGUUUGGCAGUGCCAGCAUCCUCCCCAUCAGCUGGGCGUACAACGCGUUGAUGGGCGGCGAAGGUCUCAAGAAGGCAACCACCAUUACACUCCUCAACGCGAACUACCUUCUCAGCAAGCUCAAGCCCCACUAUCCGAUCCUGUACACCAACAACCACGGUCGGUGUGCGCAUGAGUUUAUCCUUGACGUGCGGCCGUUCCAGGAAAGUGCAGGGAUUGAGGCCAUCGACAUUGCCAAGCGUCUGCAGGACUACGGUUUCCACGCGCCCACCAUGAGCUGGCCCGUUGCUAACACGCUCAUGAUUGAGCCCACCGAAUCUGAGUCCAAGGAGGAGCUGGACCGCUUCGUUGAGGCACUGAUCAGCAUCCGCCAGGAGAUUCGCGAAAUCGAGGAGGGCAAGGCGCCAAGGAAGGGAAAUGUGCUCAAGAUGGCGCCACACCCCAUGGCGGAUAUCAUCGCGGGCGACGGGGAGGGUGGCGCCAAGUGGGACAGGCCGUAUACUAGGGAGAAGGCGGCGUAUCCGUUGCCAUGGCUAAGGGAGAAGAAGUUCUGGCCCAGUGUGGCGAGGGUUGAUGACGCCUACGGCGACCUCAACCUUUUCUGCACCUGCCCUCCGGUUGAGGACACCACUGGCGAGAACCCCUCCUCCGUCAAGGCCUAAUUCAAAACCCACUUCGGGAGGUUACUGCGGAGUUAACAGGCGCAUGGUUGUA